AUGAGCAGCACAGAGUCGGUGGAGCUGGAGAACACGACAGCACUCGCACCGCAGGGCUGCAGCAACCCUGGCUACCAGAGAUGGGCCGAGGGUGUGCAUGAGACCUCAGGGAGGGAAACCCAGGAAGCACCAGUGUUUAAGGAGCAGGAAGAUCGGACCUUCCUGGGGUCCUUAGUCUCCUUAAUGGUCCUCCUUCAAGAGGGCACCUUUGCUUUUGCUGGUGGAAGAAAUGAGGCUCAGAACUUGAGAAGACAUCUGAGGGUGAUUUGGAGCUCUCUGAUCCUGGGAGUUGUUUUAUGGCUGAUCUUUGACACCGCCAAAUUGGGCCAACAGCAGCUGGUGUCCUUUGGUGGGCUCAUAAUGCUUGUUAUCCUGAUGUUUCUAUUUUCCAAGCACCCAACCAAAGUUCACUGGAGGCCUGUCUUUGGGGGAAUUGGGUUACAGUUUCUUCUUGGGCUCAUAAUACUAAGGACUGGCCCUGGAUUUAUGGUUUUUCAAUGGUUGGGCAAACAAGUUCAGACCUUCUUGGAACACACUGAUGUUGGUACUUCCUUUGUCUUUGGUGAGAACUACACAGACCACUACUUGGCAUUUAAGGUAAAGCCAAACCCUUUUCUAUGGAUUCCUGCCAACGGUGUUUUUUUUGGCGCUGUCAUGUCCAUGCUCUACUACAUUGGACUGAUGCAGUGGAUCAUUAGAAAGCUACGGGACCAGAAGGGAUGGAUUGGAUGGCUCAUGCUGGUUACUAUGGGAUCAUCUCCUAUUGAGUCUGUAGUCGCAGCUGGCAGUAUAUUCAUUGGAUAUACGGAGUCUCCCCUGCUGGUCCGACCGUAUAUACGACACGCCACCAAGUCUGAACUCCAUGCAAUCGUGACCACUGGGGUCGCUACCAUGGCUGGAAAUGUCUUAGGCAUAUACAUUUCUUUUGGAAUUUCACCCACCCACUUAUUAGCUGCUUCACUUAUGUCAGCGCCCGCGUCAUUGGCUGUGGCUAAACUCUUUUGGCCUGAGACAGAAACACCUAAAACAACCAUCAAGGAUGCCAUGAAAAUGGAAAUGGGUGAUUCGAGGAAUCUCCUAGAAGCCGCAUCACGUGGAGCAUCCUCAUCCAUGUCCCUGGUGGCAAACGUCGCUGUGAAUCUGAUUGCCUUGGUGGCCCUGUUGUCUUUUGUGAACGCAGUGCUGUCCUGGUUUGGAAGCAUGUUUGACUACCCACAGCUGAGUUUUGAGAUGAUAUGCUCCUACAUCUUCAUGCCCCUUUCCUUCAUCAUGGGAGUGGAAUGGCAAGACAGCUUUAUGGUUUCCAAACUCAUAGGUUAUAAGACAUUCUUCACUGAAUUUGUGGCCUAUGAGCGCCUCUCGAUUUUGGUGGAUUUAAGGAAAGAGGCCGGACCCAAAUUUGUGAAUGGUGUGCAGCAAUAUAUGUUGAUUCGUUCUGAGACAAUUGCCACUUACGCUCUCUGCGGCUUUGCCAAUUUUACUUCCCUAGUAAUAGCAAUCAAGACUCUCGCAAUUAUGCUGAUUUUCAGAAGGGAUGACGUCUCUGCAGUGGCAGUGAGAGCUCUGAUUGCAGGAAUCAUCUCUUCCUUCAUGAUGGGCUGCAUCGCAGGCAUCCUCUCCAGCACACCUGUAGACAUCAACUGCCAUCACAUUUUAGAGAACGCCUUCGCCUCCAGCUUACCUCAAAACACAACCGACGUGCUGUCGUGUUGCCAGAGCCUACUGAGCAGCCUCAAGCAGGAGAAGGAGAGGCCUCUGUUAGAUGUGUCAUUGAGCAAAGAGGCACCUGCAGGGAAGCCAGGUCUCAGAGCAGGUGUCGGGGGGAACGGGAGCAUCCGAGGAGAAGUAGAGGACAAUCGUUGUGGGUACAGCCCUGUGGCCUCUCCGCACUCGCUCACUGGUGGACACCUUCCUCCUCAGAAGAAAUGA